CUGUCAACCCCUUUUUACCUCAUCCAUUUUUAUGUGACCGAAGAGGGUCAACCUUUCGUCCUCCAUUCGAUCCAUUUCCGCACAUUAUUAAUGCGCAUGAGGAAACCAACCGCUCUGCUACCCCUUUUCUCCUCAUCAUUGAUCGAUACGCACACACACACACACACACACACAUACACAUACACAUACACACACAUACACACAUACACACACAUAUGCGGACACACCCAAACAGACAGACGGACAGACGGGGAGACACAUACACACACACACACACACAGACACACACACACACACACACACAUGUACGCAUUUGUUAGGAAUUAGUUGAAUAUACCGCAAAUUUUCAGUAUCCGAUAAACCGGUUUUAAUACCAAUGGAAUGAAA